GUGGUCACUUCCUGUGGAGUUUCCCCAGCCCAAGGAGGAGGGGGAAGAGGACGAGAGGGAGGCGAGCGGUCGUUCGGGGUUAGGUUGGGGGGUGUCGGUCCGUUCAGGGCGGGUGAUGACUCACGGCCCAUCCCAUCUUCCCGACGCCGCCCGCCCACGCAGUGCUAGCUCCAUGGCUUAACGGAGGAGGCAGCGGCAAACAGGGGGAGGGGGACUCUUAUUUUGUUAGGGGGACCGGGCCAAGGCCCGACCGGCCUGGCAGGGCUCGCCCGGAGCCGGGCGUCAUGUCUCAUGCAGCCGAGCCAGCUCGGGACGCCGUAGAGGCCAGCGCGGAGGGCCCUCGAGCCGUGUUCCUGCUAUUGGAAGAGCGCAGGCCAGCUGAGUCGGCCCAGCUGCUCAGGUGCGGGGCCACCUCUGGGGCCGGGAGUGACAACUGAGGUUCCCCGGGGACUCAUCUCAGGACACGGGGGGUCCUCGACUGGGGUUGGAGACUCUUGGCCUAGGCUUGAAGGACGUCGGAGUGCCCAUCUUGGGUGGGCGCCUCAGAAAUCUGCCUGAAUUCUUUGCUUCCGGAAUCCGGGAUUGUUGCUGAUAUCGAGUUAGAAAACAUCCUCGAUCCUGACAGCUUCUACGAGCUCAAAAGCCAACCCCUAUCCCUCCGCUCCAGCCUCCCAAUAUCACUGCAGGCCACACCGACCACCCCAGCUACACUCUCUGCGUCGUCUUCUGCAGGGGGCUCCCGGACCCCUGCCAUGUCAUCUUCUUCAUCACGGGUCUUGCUGCGUCAGCAGCUUAUGAGGGCCCAGGCUCAGGAACAGGAGAGGCGUGAGCGGCGGGAACAGGCAGCGGCCGCUCCCUUCCCCAGCCCUGCGCCCGCCUCACCAGCCAUCUCUGUGAUUGGCGUGUCUGCUGGUGGCCACACACUGAGUCGUCCACCUCCUGCUCAGGUGCCCAGGGAGGUACUCAAGGUUCAGACCCACCUCGAGAACCCUACACGCUACCACCUGCAGCAAGCUCGCCGGCAGCAGGUCAAACAGUACUUGUCUACCACACUUGGGCCCAAGCUGGCUUCCCAGGCUCUCACCCCACCACCAGGGCCUUCCAGUGCCCAGCCACUUCCUGCCCCUGAAACUGCUCAUGCCACCGGUCCUACAGGCAGUGCUCCUAACAGCCCCAUGGCGCUGCUCACCAUUGGGUCCAGCUCAGAAAAGGAGAUUGAUGAUGUCAUUGAUGAGAUCAUCAGCCUGGAGUCCAGUUACAACGAUGAGAUGCUCAGCUAUCUUCCAGGAGGCACUGCAGGGCUGCAGCUCCCCAGCACGCUGCCGGUGUCUGGAAAUCUACUUGAUGUGUACAGCAGUCAGGGAGUGGCUACCCCAGCUAUCACCGUCAGCAAUUCCUGUCCAGCUGAGCUGCCUAACAUCAAACGCGAGAUCUCCGAAACCGAGGCAAAGGCCCUUUUGAAGGAGCGACAGAAGAAAGACAAUCACAACCUAAUUGAACGACGCAGGCGAUUCAACAUUAACGAUAGGAUCAAAGAGCUGGGCACCCUCAUCCCCAAGUCCAAUGAUCCGGAGAUGCGCUGGAACAAGGGCACCAUCCUGAAGGCAUCUGUGGAUUACAUCCGCAAAUUACAGAAGGAACAGCAACGCUCCAAAGACCUGGAGAGCCGGCAGCGGUCCCUGGAACAAGCCAACCGAAGCCUGCAGCUCCGGAUUCAGGAGCUAGAACUGCAGGCCCAGAUCCAUGGUCUGCCAGUCCCUCCCAACCCAGGACUGCUCUCCCUAACCACGAGUUCGGUCUCUGACAGCCUCAAGCCAGAACAGCUGGACAUUGAGGAGGAGGGCAGGCCUAGCACAACGUUCCAUGUAUCGGGAGGACCUGCCCAGAACGCUCCUCCACAACAGCCUCCAGCACCACCUUCGGAUGCCCUUCUGGACCUACACUUUCCCAGCGACCACUUGGGAGACCUGGGGGACCCCUUCCACCUAGGGCUAGAGGACAUUCUGAUGGAGGAGGAGGGGAUGGUGGGAGGACUGUCAGGGGGUGCCCUGUCCCCACUGCGGGCUGCUUCUGACCCCCUGCUUUCUUCAGUAUCCCCGGCUGUUUCCAAGGCCAGCAGCCGCCGUAGCAGCUUCAGCAUGGAAGAGGAGUCCUGAUCAGGCCUCACUCCUCCCCCUGGAUGAGACCCUGCCUUUUUUCCCUACCCUCCUGUGAGACUGUCCUGUCCAGGAAAUCUGGGGGAAGAGGAGUUGCAAUCAGGCCCCAACCCUGUAAUAGGCAAGGAGGAGGAAUCAGGUGAGGCCCUGCCCCCUUUCCAUUCGUGGGGAAGAAGGCAGGAGAGAGCUGGGAAAUCACAGUUCAUCACUUGAGCAUCAUAGCCUUACCCCUCGCCCCUGGUCCUACUCCUGCCUCGGUGAUAGAAGGAGGCAGGGUAAGGGUAUGCCCCUGGCCACUAGAGAUCCUUAGAAACAGGUCUCUGAAGGAAAGGAGAUGCCAGGAUGCUACUCCAUUCCUUCUCUGGGAAUUGCCAGUCCAACUUUUCCUGGCACUGGAAGAAAAAAAAUAAGUGUCCCACCCCUGGAGGGUUAAUCCCUAUCUCUUCCUUUUGACCCCUGACUUGUUCUGGCAAGGAACAGAAGUAAGGGUGUGAUCCAGCCCGUCCCCCUGGGACCCAUCCCUUCUCUAUAGGAAAAGCUCAGCGCAGGUAUUACAGGUAUGGAGGAAUUACUAGGCUCUGAUCUCCCAUGUAGAGGCCCCAGUCCUAACCCUGACCCUUAGCAGGACACCGUGCAAGCAUUCCAUUCGGCAGGGAGGAUCAGUUCCUUAGCUCCCUGCCUUAACCUAGGACCAACCUGGGACCUGACCUGUGAGGACUCUGUGCUGACCUUAUUCUUGGGGAAGGGAACAGAUUUUGACCUAGAUCAAGUGUAACUUAGGUCCUCACCCUUGGGACGACCUUGCCUUUUCUGCCUUGAGGGGCAGUUUUGGGAGAUGAAAGGGAUUAGUGUGGACCCAGUCUAGGCACCCCAGUACUUCCCUUCACCUUGUAGAAAAUGGUAAUGAAAGGGCAUGCCCAGGCUCUUUAGCAGCCCAGGGAAACAGAGAAGUCUCCCUUAAAGGCAGGGCCUGGGAGGAAUGGUGGCAAAGGUAUAAUGUAUCCGUGUUUUGUUUGUGAAUUUUUUAUUGAACCCACCCACUCAGAUGCUAAGUCAACCCUGACCUCUGCCCCAUCCACACCAUUCUCCAUUCGAGAGACUACCCCUGUUUCAGAGCCAGUCCCCACCUAGUCCCGUCCCUGCCACCUACACCCAAGGUCUUCAGCUUUAAGUUGCUGGGGCCAGGCCCCGAGGAGGGUUUACUGAGGGGUCUGUAGGUUUGACUAAAAUAAUAAAUGCUAGGCGUGUUUGAUGCGCUUUUAACUUUGGCA